ACGGGCUGAAUGGCCUCGGUGCGGCCGUGUCUUGCUGGUCGUGAGUGAGUGCUCCACUGAGCCCAGCCGCCCGCUGGCAUUUCGGAGUGACUCCGGGGGAACAGAAAAUGCUGCAGGGCGAGGGAGCGGAGUGGCUGUCCCUCCUUCCCGGCUCAGUGCUGCAGACAGGGGAAGAGUGGAGAAGUGGAACAGGGGGUGGUAGUGACAGUGUUGGGACUGGGAGGACCAGGAGACAUUGCCUCCCCCCACCCCCUUGUCUGGGAAGCACACGGUGUGGAUUCUGACAGAGACAGACAGAGAGGGGCGUGGGGAAGCUGGCCUGGCCUCUCAGCUCCCUCUAUAAAGCAGCUCCCGCAGGCUCCGGGCACUCACAGUCCACAUGGAGCGCCACUCGGCCCGCCCAGCGCUGCUGUUCCUCCUCCUCCUCCUCCUCGCCGCCGCGGCCGCCGGCCGGGAGUCCCGGCCCCUUGCCUGGAAGGCACAGCAAGAUCCCAAGAGCUUGCCCGCCUACAUGCUGGAGCUGUACAAGGCGGUCACGGGGAGAGUGUCCCGGGCGAUCUCUGCCCCCGAGCGCAGCGCCGUGCUCCAAGCCGACCAAGUGGUCAGUCUGCCGGCCAGAGGUUGGAAUUACAGUGGGGACAGUUGGAUCAUUGACUUUGACAUGACUUCCAUCGCUGAGUAUGACUUUGUGCAUUUUGCAGAGCUCAGGAUCCGAAUGCACCCUAUCUCUGCCUGUCCAAACACCACCAUCCUCAUCAACCACAUCCACAGCUACAAAUGCCAGGGCAACAGGACCUGCCACAGUUACUCACCCCUUGGCUCCUUCACUGGAAACCCUCCCACCGCCAGUUCCAGUUGGCAGGUCUUCGACCUCACUGGUUUACUGAACAGAUGGCUGAGCCAAGGCACUCCAGUCCGGUCUGAGGAGCCCGGGAUCCAGGACGUUCACCGAUUUCCUCCCGGAGAGCACCGGCAAAGCCAGGGCCCUGAGCAGUGCCUGCCGGGCAAGUUGGCCAAACUGGCAAGGGCGGGCAGCCGUGCCAAGCCCCCCCAUCGGAGAUCCGAGCAGAUCAUGAUGGUCGUGUUCUUCAAGAGGAGCAGGGCAGAGGUGGGUGGAAUCCCGUCCACACUCCUCAGGACUGUGGAGCGCUCCAAGUUCCAACGGGCUGGUGAGCUGGGUAACGCCAAGAGGCAGAAGAGGAACCGGAAGGAGAGGCUGAACAUGGGAAACAGCACAUCACUGAGAGACCAAUCGCUGUGUCGACGGAUGGACAUGGAGGUGAACUUUGACCGGAUUGGCUGGGGGGGCUGGGUCAUACACCCCAAAUCCUUCAACGCCUAUAGGUGUGGGGGAGAGUGCCCCUCACCUCUGGAUGAGACCUUCAUGCCAACCAACCACGCUUACAUGCAGAGUUUGCUGAAAUCCUUCCACCCAGAACGUGUUCCCUGCACGUCCUGUGUGCCAGUUAAGAUGAGCCCUCUCUCCAUGUUAUACUACAAGAAUUGGGAUGUGGUUUUGAGUCAUCACAUGGACAUGAUUGUGGAGGAGUGUGGGUGUCACUGACCUGAGCCUCACGAUACAAACCCUCCGAUGUUUUCCCAUGUAAAAAAGUGUAAAUUCCAUAUACAGAAUAUAAAGUGAUAUAUUUUUCUAUGAAUGCAAAAUAAAUGUGACUUUAAACUAUUUUUGACUGCGGUGAAUAGACUGCUGCCCCACAAUGAAACAGAAGAUGGUGUAGAUCUUGAAGUGGCGAAUUGUACUUCAGCCCCUCAAACCCAUUCCAGUGUUGAGUUUGUAGACUGCACCUUUGUCCCAAUGCCCCUCUACCUUUGUUCUGUAUCAGUGUAGACAUCCCAGAGAGGCAGGUGGCUCGGCUCACGUGGGCCUGGGGAAGGUUUGCAGGGCUAUGGUGGGAUUGAAUUGGAUAGCUUGAUGAGGGAGCUUGAACAGGCACGAUGGACAGAGUGGCCUCUUCCCGCACUGCAUCAUUCUGAGCACAUCAAAUUACUUUUGAGUUCCUUGAUUACUUCCACCCCUUGUGUGAUGGGGGUGUCACCUGUUAGUUUGUACACAGCUCCGUUGAAGUGCUGUUG